AUGCUCGAUAAAGUUCCAACUGAAAUUAUUCUCGAUUCUUUAUUCCCUCUCCUCUCUCCCCGCGAUAUUCUUGCUAUUGGCAGCUCUUCACGCUCUCUCCACGCCUUGAUCCUCGAUGCCCUGAUUUGGAAACGCAAGCUCAGCGCACAAACAAAGUAUAUUGCUUUACGUGUAUUAACUCAAUCAUCCCAAUCUCAUAACCUCGACUGGCAGCGCAUCUACAAGCGCGCCCUUUCUCCUCAGCUCUACGUCUGGGGUGUAGCCACCAAUGGGCGCCUCGGUAUUGAUUUCCACGAUCCACGCAUAGCACGCGGUAACUGUGUUCCCACUCCCAUUCCCAUACGCACCGGUAUAGAUCUUGUCCAGGUCGUUGCUGGUGGCUGGUCAUUCCACGCUCUCGGUCGCAACGGACAAGUCGUCUUCUGGGGUCAGUUCAACGGUGAUAUCGUCCCUUUCGGUCAUGUAGACUACAGGAAUCCUGGCGCGCGCGUAGCCACUCCAUCUACUCUCGAACUCCCUUUCCGCACCGUCGAUAUGAGCGCAGGUCGUGCUCAUAUCCUCCUCACCGACGACAAAGGCCGCGUCUACCAGUCGAUAUCCCCCGCGCUCACGCAGCGCAUCACGCACGCAUGUCUCGAAAAUGACGCAAUUGCUCAGAUAAGCGCUGGAUGGACGCAUUCCGCACUACUGCUCACCAGCGGCGCCAUUCUCGUUUUUUGGCCUCAUGAUUGUCUGUUGCGCGAGGAGUACAGGGUGGCGCACGACGCCGGUCCGCGACAGCAUGCACAUGGUCGGGCUGAUGGGGCUGGGGGUAGGAGGACUAUCCUUGCCUCAGUCUUCGACUACACACCAGACGCCGUCACACUACCUCACAUACCCGGCCAGUCUGUCGCCCAGAUUGCCAACGCAGAAGACGCUAUGCUCGCCCUCACUGCUUCUGGUAGAGUUUACAGGAUGGAUCUGUCCACACGACGUGGUUUGCGCGGCAGCGAGCGGGUGCGUGACAUGCACGAGAUGUUUCUCGAUGGUAGUCGGCGGUGGAAUGAGCUCACUCAUUUUGCUCCUGAGAACCUGCGGAAACUGCUUCCCGACGGCGAUGAAGCACCUCAUCUCAGCCACAUAACAUGCUCAUUCCGUCAGUUCACCCUUUAUGCACCCUCCAUCCACCGCAAUUUUGCCGUAUUUGCAGGCGACGCUACUAGAGAUGACAGUCAGCCUACGCUCGUUGGAUUGGACAAUGUUGUAGAUGUCGCCAGAGGUGAUUACCACGCUCUCGCGCUCACGCGUGACGGACACGUACGUGCUUGGGGGUCGCAGAAAGGUGGUAAACUUGGUGUAAACGGUUUGGACCACCUCCGCGAUGGCGAUGUUAGUGAUCCUCUCCCCGUCUCCUUCAAAAGCGAUGGUGAAGGUGACGGCGGCACUCGCAAACGUUUCUUCGCUUUCUCCGUCGCCGCUGCUGGCUGGCAUUCUGCCGCUCUCGUCAUCGAUCUUGAGGGCGAUGAUGGCGAUGAUGGCGAUGGGGAGGAAUAUGAGCAGGAGCAGGGGAACGAGAACGAGGAGGAGCAGAAAGGGCAGCAAGAUGAACAGCCCGAAGCAAACAGUCUCACUCAACAUGCUUAUUCCUUUGUCCAGCGCUUCAUCGGUAUGAGGACUGGCAUGACACAGAGAUGA